UCCUCUGAUUGGCUGAUGCAGGUCCAGUGUCUCGAAGCAGCCAAUCAGAGGCUGCGGCUUCAGAUCCAGGAGCAGCUGGACACAAAGUUUCACGAUGAGCUGAGGACGGUGUCGCUGCUACAGCACCAGGUGGGUGAGUGUCUCUCGGCCCGGGCGCAGGUGAAGCUGCAGCUGCUCGGUGCUGAACUCUCCGUCUUCCACUUCAGCAGCAGGUGCGAAAAGGUGCGCGAGCAUUGUCGUCGUCUGGAGGCGGAGAUUCGUGACCUGAGGCGACGGGGGGAGGAGCUAAGGUUCCACCAGCUGCCGCGGCUGCAGAGGCUGUUGAACCACGGAACUGAGCAACAGGUGGAGCUGAAGAUUCAACACCAGCAGGAUGUACAGGGUCUCCUGGCCCAGGUGUCAGGGGAAGUCGCUGUGGGAAUGCAGACGGACCCGUCAUCAGACCUGAUCCGGCAGCUGGACGACCUGAGACAGACAAGCGCUCUGCUGCUCGACAGGAACCGGGACGGGCGCAGCUCCGACCCCCAGGUGUCUGUGCUGACUUCUCUGAAGACGACCCUUGACCCUGGAGAGGUCAUUCGGGCCGAGCUGGCGGAGCUGAGGAGGAUGGCGGCCGGUCUACAGGACGAGCUGACGCAGCUGCAGAACCUGACCGCCCUGCUGGAGGACUUGUGUCCCGAGCAAACAGAGUCCUUGGUCCUGCAGCAGAGGGCCGACGGUCUGUGCAGAGACCUGGAGUCGGUGCGUCAGGUUGCAGCUCAGCAGGCUGACGCCCAGCAGGCGCUGCUGGACAUCAACAACAAGCUGGAGGCUGAGCUACGAGACUACAAGAGGCUGCUGGAUGGACUGAGUCAAGAGCGAGUUUCAAGUCUUCCCAUGUCUACCAUCACAUCUUUCUUUGGUUCAACCAGACCCGCUGCCUCCAGGCAAGUCACGCCGCACAGAGUAUUCAGAGUUCAGGGAGGAACUCUUCAGACCAUGGAGGUUCGGACUGUCUCUCAAGGUCACAUCCGCACUGUCAGUCAAACACCUGCGAUUAUCCUGCUUUUAGAAACAGUGACCACAAAUAAGUCAGUUGGAGUCCAGUGUAAACAUCCAAGGAACUCACCACUGACAUUGAUUAACACGUCAAAACAGAUUUCCACUCAUUCCAUCCACAACUGUGAAAACUUGAGAAAGGGAACUAAUUCCGAAAAGACCACGAGGGAAUCCAUCCGUACCGGUCAGCUUAUCCAAGGUUUAGACAAAGGAGUUGGUGUCAAGUCGUCCAAAAUAGAGAUACAUCCUGCAACAACAGGAUUUACAAAAAUCAUUCCUGGUUACGAAACAGAAAUAAAGCAAAGACCAGACUUUGUAACACAGACAACAGCGUCUGAUCCCGUCAAAAAAACUCCUGCAGCAUUAAAGAAAGCAACAGAAGCUAUGACCAUACCUCAAAUUAAUCACAUUAAUGGCCACAUCCAAGUUAACGAACCAGAUCCUGACUGUCCAUCAGAAACUGUUGGGAAAAGAGAGGACAAUGCCCUUACACCACUUGGUGUGUCUGGAUUCCACUGUGGUACGUCUGAUGGGAGUCACGGUGAUGUCUCCAGUGAGGUGAUCCUGAUGGAUGACAGGGAUGUAGAAAGGCAACAAAAGAAGGAGGACAAGGAAAGACUGGGAGUAGAAAGUGCUUUGCUUGUCCUGAGAUUCGAUCAGAAUCCAUCAUUGUCCGAUAUGUCAAACAGCAAACAAAACAAAGUCCAGGAUGCAUUUGCAGGGUCCUCCAUUGCAUCUGAUUCAUCCAGUAGCCCAGUCAGCAACAAUACUCUUGGGAGUAAAACUGCAAGUACUGAGAUGAUAGACUUAAAAAUGAAUACAGGGACAUCAGUAAUUGAGGUCUAUGAUAGCAAGGAGGUAAAGGAGGCUCCUAUUGAGUCUGUUAAUCAAGAAGUUCAAGAAGCCACAGAGUCAAAAAAGUCUACAAGUCUAACAGACUCUGGCGUGGCUUUGAAUUCAUCUGACACCGAAGAGCUUCUAAGUCCAAGAAUGACUGAGGUAUUUCUGUGUCCAACAGAAACAGCUGCAUGCUUGGGUCCACAAGUAAGUCUGAACCUAGUUGACACAGAUCAAGUAUUUUGGCCAGUUGAUAUUGAAGACCAGAUUAAAAGUCCUAAUUUGCUUCUGAGUCCAAACGACCCAGAAAUGUAUCUCAGCCUGAAUGAAUCAGACACAUGUUUGAGACCAGUUGAGACUAAAGAUUGCCUGACUCCAACUGGUGAAGAAGAAGAUGAUGACGAGGAAGCAUGUCUGAGUCUUACUGAGGCAAAUGCACGUGUCAGACCAGUCGAGAAAUACAUUCUCUCAACAAAAGACGAAGGUCAGACCUUAUUGUUUCGCAGAGAAAGCACUUCUCCAGAAGUGGGCAGACAAGCAGGAGUCAGCAUUUCGGUGACAGAUGGGGAGAGUUUGUGUUUUGGAUCAUUCACAGGUAAAGAGGGAAGUAAAGGUACUCUUCCUGAUAUAAACAUCAACUCUAUACCAACCAGUCAAAGGAGCGACCUUCAGCUGGGCAAAAGUCUUGGAAGCUUGGAGUUCAGAGGUACAGCUGACCGAAGUAUCUUAGCAGAAAAAGAAAAACAGUCUUGUGUGGAAGGCCUGAAUCAGAAAAGUGGAAAAGAUGGAAGAGGUACCAGACACAGGAACAAAGAUAUGACCAACAUUGCAGAUAACAAGGUCCGAAGUCCAGGAGGCCGCAAUAAUUCAGGACGUAUGGCUGGUGAUCUUGCAGCUAGUGUUCCUGGCACUGCUGCAAAUUCAUCGACUAUAGUCAGUAGUGACGCAGAACGUGCUAUGACAGUGGGGCUACAGGCGAACAGGAGUGGCAGUGGAGAGUGUUUGCUUUAUGGAGGCAGUUUGAGAUUUACAAGAAUGAGUGUACCCAGGGCAGGGAAUGAAGAAAGUCAGACAUUGUCCAAAGAGUCUGUGAAAAGCCGACCAGAAACAGGGAGGUUUGCCAGUAGAGGAAGUGGGGAGUGGAUGGUUAAUGGCGGCAGUCUGAGACGUAAAAGCAACCUGGAUGCUGGUACUAGCUUACCCAGUGAAGAGAACAAAGAAAGCCUGUCAGUAGCCACAGACCCCAUGAGAAGCCCACCAGAAAAAGGGAGGUUUGGCGGCAGAGAUAGUGGAGAGUGGAGGGUUUAUGGUGGAAGUACCGGACGUAUGAGCAGCCCGGCUCGCAGCUAUAGCUUACUCAUUACAGAGAGUGGAAAAAACCCGUCAGUAGCCACAGAACUGGCAACCAGCCCACCAGUUGCACGUAGAGGAGGGAGAUUUGGCAGUGCAGGGAGUGGGGAGUGGAGAGUUUAUGGAGGAAGUACCGAACGUUUGAGUCGUGCCGGUAGUGCUAAUGAAGGCCAAGUGAUUAGUCCUCCGAGUAGCAACACAAGUAGUAGACCAAGACUGAGUAGUGUUGGUGGUGGUGGCAGGCUCAGCACAAGUGGUGUUGUAAGGCGCAGCAGGAGUGUAGGAAGUGCUGGUAAGCUAAGUAGCUCAGGUAGUGGUGGUAGCAGCUCACCUGGCAGCCACAGGAUUAGCAGCUCUGGGAGAUUCGUUAGCACUGGCAGUGGUGAAUGGAAACCAGUUUACAGCUCAGCUAGUGGACGCAGGAGCAGCGUAGGGAGGUCGACCAGCAGCCAAAGAGCCCUCAGCCCUGGGGGCAAGAUGAAUGUAAGUGGGGGUAGCGGUGGGUGGCUCAACAGUGCAGGAAGUGGGUCUAAACUCAGUGGCUUGAGUAGCAACGAGAGAAUCAGUCAUCAGGCUGGAGGAAGGAUCAGCAGGUCCUUUGGGAAAGGGAGGACCAAUAGCACAGGGGGGAGGGUAAUCAGCAGCAGCGACCGGCCAAUCAAGAGCACUGGCAGCGGAGCUGGGGGCAACAAGGAGAGAAUCAGUGUUUGUAAGAUGGCAGCGCUGUCGAUCUCAGCCGCGGGAAGGGAGCGAAGUCAGGACAGACAAAGACAAGCUGAGAGAUUCAAACAACAACAACAGGUUGCAGCUACUACUCCACUUGUCCAGCGAUGGUUGACGACUGGCGUCGGCGUCACGAGCGCUCAUCCCGAUGGCCUUGAUGACAUCAUGCGCCUCUGAGUGACAAACUCACAUCAUGACUCAAGACGGCUGCAUUCACAUUCAGUCAACAGUUGCAUACACACACACACACAUGAAUAACAGAAUAACAGAAUGCUACAUUCUGUAGAACUAGAAUGUCUCUCAGUAGAGUGUAUCCCUCCGCCGAGGUCAAAAGGAAACAGGAAGUUGUCUGAUAACCUAAAUGAAACAUAAAACAUAUAGUCAUUAACAUUGGAGAUAAAACAAGUGUAACACAUAUUUUAAUUCUAACUACAUCUAAUGUUUCUGCUCAUGAGAAAUAAACUCAAUACAAUUUUAUAUAGUAAUACAAACUAUGUCGUCUAGAAAGGCAACAGUUUAAUAAACAAACUUUUUGAAAAAAGCCAAAUGUUUGUCUUUAAAUGAAGACACGUCACAUUUUCUCUUCACUGUAUUUCAUUCAAGACAGUUUCUGAGUUGUUGGUUUUUAAUUCUGACUGGUUACAGUAUGUUGAGGACUUUUAUAGUUGUGUGAUGAAUAUGUGAUUGAUUUAUUUGUUUUGUCUGUGUCUCCUGUUCACGUUAUAUAAUCACCACCUUCAAUAUUUACUCCUCUGUUUCAUUCAUGUUCCUCUUGAUUUUAAACACUUUACAGUCACAUCAUUCAAUUCAAUUCAAUUCAAAUACUCAUCAUGAGCAAACAGGAGGCUCCAGCAGGAGGCAGCAGAGUCAACAAUCACCUCAGCUUCUUAGACUAUAGACUAGAGUGAUUCCUAAAUACAAGUAUAAAAAAAAAUCAAUAAUAAUCAAUAAAGCAAUAAAAUACAUGUUGGGUCACUUUCCUCAGUGGUUCCUAACAUCAUCAUCAUGUACAUGAAAUAUAGAUUCAAAAUGUCUCCUGAGGUGAUGAUGAGCGAACUGUGAUGGAGGAGGACGAGGUGGCGGAAAAUCACGGAGCAGAAUCUGACAGCAACAACAUUAUUUGGUAGAUUGAGAUCGUGUGGCACAAUCUGAUUGGAUUA